AAUUGUAUACACAAAAUAUAUAAUUAAUAAAUACCACAUUUGAAUAAUAGGAAGUCCAUCGUAAUAAUAAUAUAUAUAUUUCGAGAUCGAGAAAUUAUAUUUCGAUGACGAGAAUUUUGGGUUUUGGGUUUUUCAUAGUUGUUGCCUUGCAGGUAAUUAGUAAGAAUAAGGUGGAGACGGCGGAGGGCGGUGGUGGCGGCGUUAGAGCGUUUUUCGUGUUCGGAGACUCGCUGGUAGACAACGGGAACAACAACUACCUUGCCACCACCGCCCGUGCGGAUUCUCCGCCUUACGGCAUAGACUAUCCCACUCACCGCCCCACCGGUCGUUUCUCCAAUGGCCUCAACAUGCCCGACCUCAUCAGUGAAAAGCUGGGUUCGGAACCUCUAAUGCCAUACCUGAGUCCGGCGUUAAGUGGAAAGAAGCUUCUGGUCGGUGCCAACUUCGCUUCUGCCGGCGUCGGUGUCCUUAACGACACCGGGAUCCAAUUCGUGAACAUAAUAAGGAUCCACCAGCAGCUGGAUUACUUUGCGCAGUACCAGGAGAGAUUGGCAGCGGUGGUUGGGGCGGCGGAGAAGGCCAAGAAGCUGGUGAACGAAGCCCUUGUUCUCAUCACCCUCGGCGGUAACGAUUUCGUCAACAACUACUUCCUGGUGCCCUUUUCUUUCAGGUCUCGCCAAUAUCCCCUCCCCGACUACGUCACCUUCGUCAUCUCCGAGUACAAAAAAGUUCUGAAGAGACUAUAUGAUUUGGGAGCUCGGAGGGUCCUAGUUACCGGGACGGGACCGCUAGGGUGUGUGCCCGCAGAACUAGCACAGCACAGCCGCAACGGCGAAUGCGCAAAGGAGCUGCAGCGCGCCUCCGCCUUGUACAACCCUCAACUACUUGAGAUGAUCAAGCAACUCAAUCGCGAGAUAAACCGCGACGUGUUUAUCGGAGCCAACAUUAAUCAAAUGCAUCUCGAUUUCAUCACUCGCCCUCAAUCUUUUGGAUUCAGGACAUCAAAGGUGGCAUGUUGUGGACAAGGGCGAUUCAAUGGGCUUGGGCUGUGCACACCACUGUCCAACUUGUGCCCAGACCGAAACGAGUAUGUGUUUUGGGACGCAUUCCACCCAUCGGAAAAGGCUAACCGAAUCAUUGUUGACCAGAUGUUGAAAGGCUCCAAUGACUACAUGCAUCCUAUGAACCUCAGCACUCUCAUGGAUUUGGAGGACUCCACCGUACCAUGAAAGGCCGCAUAUAUAACUGAUUUAAUUAAUAAUUAUAAUGAGAGAAUAAACCUUUACCAUUAUUAGUUAUCAUCGGGAGUUUUAUUUCGUAUUAAAUAGUUCUUAAUUAU